CAGUUUUGCAGUGUCUGUCUGCAGUCUGCAGGAUGGUCUGUUGUUUGUAAGGUUCAUAAUUGUAAAAAAUUACUCCGACAUUGCACAUCAGCUUUCUGCUCCAAUUGCCUCACAUUUUUCUUAAACGAGGACUCUGCAAACAGCAGAAAUUAAAAUAUAAAAAUGGGAUUCAGUAGCACAGUGUACAAUCUCGUUCUCAGACGGACAUCCACAUUUACGGUUGCCGUUUUAGUCUCCGCCUUCGUAUUUGAAAGAGGAUUCGAUAUGGUCUCCGAGAAGAUUUUUGACACUGUUAACAGAGGAAAACAAUGGAAGGACAUCAAGCACAAGUACGAAAAUUAAAUGGGAAAUUUUAGGAACAAUAUGUGUUAGAGAUCUAAUAGAUGUAUUCUACCUCUCGAUAUGUAAAUAAAUAACAAAUUACAUGA